AUUUUGAUCUCACAUCUGAUAUAACGUAGUGAUGUGGCUGUUUGGUGCUGCUGCAUCUAGAACUAUGCAAGUGUGUGUUUUGUCAUCACAUCCAGUACAACACUAGUGAGGCAGAGCAGCACUUCCACAUCCAGAAUUGUCCACCUGGACAAGCGAAACACCUCUCUAGCUGUUGCUUUUGUGGACUUCAAAAAGGCUUUUGAUCUUGUUGAUCACACUGUUGUCAUCAGCAAAGCAGUGAGUCUGGGUCUCCCUCCUAACCUGAUAGCGUGGCUAGCCGACUUCCUCACAGGGAGGCGUCAGGCCGUUCGCUAUCAGGGCUCUGUCUCUACUUUCCAACAGCUGACUUGUGGGGUCCCCCAGGGGACCAAGAUGGGUCCUCUAUGCUUCCUCCUCCUCAUUAACGACGCCCUCACUGACACCCCCCAUCGCUGGAAGUAUGUGGACGACUGCACCGUGGGUGUCCCAGUUUCCACCAAGAACCCGGACUACUCGCCACUGCAAGUGAUCCUGGAGCGACUGCAGACGUGGACGGAGGAGAGCAGGAUGACCAUCAACCACAACAAAACUGUGGUGAUGCAUUUCUGUACCUCCUCUGUACCAGUGCCCCCUCCCCAGCUCUCAGUGGGCCCUCACCCCCUCCAGGUAGUCCGAUGUGCCAAGCUCCUCGGAGUCACGGUGGACGACCAGCUGACCUGGAAGCAGCAUGUCGCCAGCACCAUAAGAUCAGCUACCUACAGGCUGUACAUGCUGCGCAGACUCAGGUCGCUGGGGACGCCGACAGAUGAGUUAAGGGGGGUGUAUCUUACUUUCAUCCUCCCCAAACUCAUGUACGCCUCCCCAGCGUGGUCCUCCUCCCUCACACAAACUCAACAGCUACAGUUGGAGAGUGUGCAGAAGAGGGCGUGCAGGGUCAUCAUCCUUGGCCCUGCAUACACCACCUAUGAAGAAGCCCUGAACACCCUGAAGCUGUCCAGACUAUCCACCAGGUACAGUGAGGCCCUAGAGAAGUUUGGAAGGGGACUUCUGAAUCAUCCACGUCUCAGAAACAUGCUGCCGCCUGACACGCCUCGCCCUACCCGUGCCACCAGACACCACAAUAAGAUAACGCCCCUAAAGGCGCCACGUACGGACCGGUACAGACUUAGUGCGAUUCCCACCAUGGUGCGAGCCAUCAAUCAAUAGUCUCUUCUAGAUUUGACUUACCUUUCUUAGGAUUAAUGUCAAGUAUUCCCCCAUCCCCAAUGUACAUUUUCAGUUUGUUGACUGCCUAUAGAAUAAACCGUUUAUUAUUAUUAUUAUUAUUAUUAUUAUUAUUAGAUAUGAUGCAAGAAAUGCACUAACACACACACACACACACACACACACACACACA